AUGCACGAUCCAGAGAAGCAAGUCUCCACAGACGAAGCUGUCAAUGUCUUGUCAAACCGCGACUCUUCGGUUCAAGCAACAAACCCGAAUGACCCUAUAUACNCCCCUCAAGAUGGUGGAAAAGGCGCCUGGCUAUUUCUCUUUGGAGCUUGUAUCAUUGAAGUCACAGCAUGGGGUACGUUUCCCUUAAUCCUAUCUCCAAGACACAAUAUACUCACCAUCCACANNGGUUUCCCAUACUGCUAUGGAGUCUUUGAAGCAUACUUUAUCUCCCAUCCACCUUUCGCAGGCCAAUCCCUCAUCUCCACUGGCGGCGUCCUUUCGAAUGGCAUCCUACAACUCUCGCUGCCUCCAGUAAUGUACUAUGUCAAUAACUUCCCCAAGCAUCGAGUGCCAGUCAUGUGGGCGGGUUGUAUAAUCUGCACGGUGUCUGCCAUUGGUGCGGGAUUUGCGAAGACAGUGAGUGGACCUUUGCAAAUGGAGUCAUCCUUAAGAGCUGACAUUUGGGAACAAGNNCCUUUGCAGCUUAUCAUGGCGAUCGGAUUGUUGUAUGGCAUUGGUGCGGGGAUGCUCUUUGGGCCUUCCAUCCAUUUGAUGGCUGAGUGGUUCAAGGUGAAGAAGAGUUUGGCAUACGGCUUCAUGUAUGCGUCUCACGGAGAGCUCCUGUUCUGUGAUCAUCUGCUAAUGUUGUCUCUAGCUNGUGCAGCAGGUGCAGCCGCUGGAGCAGGAUUACCGCCAGUCUACACUGUAUGCCUGAACCAAUAUGGCUACAAAGUCACUCUGAUCGGCUGGGGCAUCAUUACGUUUGUCGUUACGUCCAUCGGCUUAUUAUGCGUGAAGCCUCGCUUGCCUAAUUCAGCACAACCACUACCACCUGCGCCGUCAAGAAGAGACUUUGAUUUUGCGAAGAAGCCGCUUUUUCUGAUCAUGUUGCUUGCGACCAUGGUGCAAGCGAUUGCCCAUUACGGACCGAGUCUGUAUCUUCCUUCCUUUGGCGCAGACUUUGGUUUGUCCGCUUCUGAGGCGGCUAUGCUGGCCAGUUUCUUGAAUCUCGCUCAGGCGAUUGGACAGCCUUUACAGGGAUGGCUUGCCACCAUCGGCGCAAGUCUGGAAGCCCUCUUGAUCUGGGGCUUCGCACGCAACACCUGGUCCCUCUCCCUCUUCGCCUUGGCAUUCGGCAGCACGGCAGGCGGAUUUGCAGUCUUGCGACCUCGCUUUGCUGCCGAAAUCGUCGGCGAUCAGGAUGAACAAGAUAACCAGAGUUUGCUCGUGUUUGCCAUCUUGACAGCGAGCCGUGGCUCCGCUAUCAUUGGCUCUGGCUUUAUCAUGAAGAGUCUGGUGCAUCAAGGAAGCUCGACCAAGGGUUGGGGUGGGGGCCCGGCGUGGUCAAACCUCGUUAUUUAUACGGGCACCAUCAUGUUCGCUGCCAGUUUUGGAGCGGUG